ACCUCGCACCACACCGGGCGCUCUAGUGCGAACGCUGUGCUUGGGCCUGCACUGCACCGGUCGCGCGCGGCCUGCGACUGCGAGCCGAGGAAUCCAAGAAGCCGGGCCGGCCGGAGUGUCGAUCGUUGUUUCCGCCGGUUGCGAGAUCGGAGCCAGCAAGGACAGGUCGUCGUGGGACUAGCCAUGCUGCACGCCGAGGAGAAGAAGGGGAAGGUGAAGAGAGGGUGGCUGGCGGUGCGCGUCGGGGCGGCGGAGGGCGACGGCGGCUCCCAGCGGUUCGUCAUCCCCAUCGCGCACCUGUACCACCCGCUGUUCCGCCGCCUGCUGGAGGCCGCGCGCGACGCCUACGGCUACGACUACUCCGCGGGCCCGCUGCGCCUGCCCUGCUCCGCCGACGAGUUCCUCCGCCUGCGCGCGCUGGUCGAGCGGGAGACGCCGCCGCACGCGGCGCCAGCGCCCGCGUCCUCGCACCGCGUGCACGAAGGCGGACACUACUCUACCCUCUCCCCGUGCACCCGCGCCAAGGUCACCUCGUGAUCGAUCACGGCCGGCCGGCUGGCCGACCUGCAUGAUCGGCUCGUCGAACUCGGCUUUCCUACGCGCGCGCGCGGCGACCGCGAAGAAGUUUCCCAUGUCUGGUGGUGGUGUACUGGUAUGUAGUGUAGAGAUUAGUUAGCCCGGCCGUGCAUGCAUGGGGGUGGGUGCUUCCUCUUUGAUCUCCAGUUUUGGCUGUUUGGUCUUCUCUUUUUCUGCGUUUGGUUGUGCAGGCGCAUGUGCUGUGUACUAAAGAAUUAACAGAUGGAUCAGCGUAUGAUUACUAC